UACAGUAAUGACUGGUGUAGUGGUCUCCUGUCCCCAGAAGCUGACAGAAACAUUGAUAGCCUCUGCCAGACUGGGCUGUGGUCAAGACAAGUAUGGUAACAAACAGUACUUAUGUCUCCCGAACUCAGAAAAGACGGGUCUGGUAGAAUUCUGUCACGAUGGAGUCAUGGGGAUAUUGGAGAGAGGUAAUUGUUUGGAGACCACUGGCGAUCAACUGUCAGAAACUAACUGCUCACAUUUCCUAAUGGGCUGUCCAGAUACAGAAGUCCACAUUAACGAAAUGUACAGAUAUCCCGCCUGUUUAAGAAUUAGUACAGAGUAUCACUGUUAUCUUGCUGAUCCGUUCUGUGGAAAUACUGCAUGGGAUAAAACUACCAAAGACACAACAGAGACAUUGGUGACCCAGGGAUUCUCUACAGACAAUGGCGUGUAUAAUAUAACAGAAACGAUUAUUCAAACAACCACAUUGGCAGAUAAUAACUCAGCAUUAAUUGGGGCAAUCGUGGGAAGUCUGGUAGUUGUGUUAGUCGCUAUUCUUCUACUUUUGACUGUAUUUAUAGUUUUACGAAGAAGAAAACUGAGACAAGAAAAAGGAAAAGCUGAAGUUAUAG